UUCAAUAUUAAUGAAUGCAUACUAUGUCUGAUAGAAGUAAUGAAUAUUACUGACAUUACAAAGAGGAAACAUUGAUUUUUGAAUUCAUUUAGUGGACAAUGACUAUUGGGAGUUUUGAGUUGUUAAAUAAAGUCUAAUUUCUUUUUUAUAACUGGUUUUUCGACUAUCUGCUAAAUUGCAUUACUAACUGAUUAAAGUCCAGGCCGGUAUAACCUCAUAAGCGCUCAAAAGCGUAUAAAUAAAUCCGCAAGUAAAAAGUGCUAUAAUUGCUUUAAGCAGUCUUGAUUCGAGCAUUCCACAGUAAACAUUGUAAAAAGGAUAGAAGAUAACUAGAUAAAAAUGUCUGGGGCAGCGUCAAGAGUACCUAAUAUUGUCAACUACAUCAAGAAUUGCCCUGGCUUUGAAUCAAUACUCAAAAAUAUUAAAAUCAUAUCUGCUGGCAAUGGGGCAUGUGUUGCUGAAUACAAAGUGGAGCAAAGUGCCACCAAUAUUGUAGGUGCAUUACAUGGAGGCUUCACUGCAACUUUGGUUGAUGCUGUCUCAGGCUAUGCCCUACACAGUGAUGAGGACAAAAUUACCCCAAGUGUAUCUGUGGAUAUGCACAUGACUUACAUGAAAGCAGCAAAACUUGGUGAAGAAAUUGUGAUUGAUGCAAAAACAAUGAAAGCUGGUAAAAACCUGGCAUAUCUUAAGGUAGAGAUUAAAAAUAAAGAGACUGGAGAUCUGCUAGUCCAAGGAUUGCAUACAAAGUUUAUUUUAUCUGGGAAAAAGUAACACAUUUGUUUUAUUAAUUAUGCUUUUAUAUAUGCUACAAGUGUAGCCAACUUACUUUAUAUUCAUAUGUUCAAUAAACAUUGAUUAUAAUUGUUA